UCUUUGGCGAAUGGAGAAAAUGUCAAAUGAUAUGAUAUCAAAUAAUCAAAUAGUUAAAUAAGCAAAUGUGGUUAAUGUAGUAUAGUGGUAUAGUUUGGAGCUUGGCAGAGCAAUUAUCUUGGCGUUUGGCGUUAAAAUCAACGAUAGGAAAGAUCGAUUAUUUCGUGAUUAAUAAACCAGUCCUUGAUCACAAUUUUAUUGAUGCAAUCACAAUGUUGUAAUGGUGGUGCCCUUGUGUCAGUCUGCUUUGGAGUGGACUACUACUAGCAUGGCUUUCAAUAAAUCUCCCAAUACUGAACAUUACAGGGCAAAAUAUAUGUGAUCCAAAGAACUGUAUAAGAUUAAUGAUAAGUGAAGAUUUUCGUACCUAGUCAUGAAUGGGCAUUUAUAAAAUAGUUGUAAAUACUAGUGAACAUGUUAACUUAACUUUAUACAUUUGUAUAGAUAUGCUGAAUUUGACAAACAGUUUUUACAGAUGCUUGAAGCCCACAUGCGAAAAUUUAACUUACAAAAUAUAUUCACUAGCUUUCUCACAACUAAGUUGUAGAAGCGCGUUAUGCAGUUCUGUAUACAAUCAAAGAUCGUCAUUCAUCCCAUUCAUUCACAACAGCCAACAGUGCCGGCUGCUUGCUAAUAAAAGGAAGAGAUUUCGCUCCAAGAAGCCAUUUGCUAAUUCAAAUGCGGAAAUAACAGUCAAGUCAAUGGGUGAUUCAUUCCAGCCGUCAUUUAACCAUGUCAGUUAUGGGGGACAGUUCAAUGUAUUGUCGGAAGAUGAAAAUAAUUCAUGGAUUCAGUUAAAUAGCUCGGCCUCGACAACCAACGAUAACCGAAAUAUACGAAGGGAAAUACCUCCAAAUUUUAGAGUAUGGGAGCCAGUUGGAAAGCGGACUAAUACUUAUGAUGGCAACAAUUUUAAUUUUAAAGUUGUUUCAUACAAUGUUCUGGCGCAGUGUCUAUUGGAGGCAUAUCCACAUCUCUAUAAAAACUGCUAUCCGCACGACCUUAAGUGGCAUGCGCGUGCAACACGACUUUACACCGAGAUUCUCCAUCUGCAACCUGAUAUAUUGUGUCUCCAAGAAGUUCAAGCAUCACAUGUAGGCAGUUUCUACUCAAAGUUCGAGGAGAUGGGCUAUUAUGGUGUUUUUAAACAAAAAACUGGUCACCGAAAAGAUGGCUGUGCUAUAUAUUUUAAACGAUCCAUGUUUCAUCUUGAAGAUCAUAUUAAUGUGGAGUUUUACCAGCCGGAUCUGCCGAUGUUGAAUCGUGACAAUGUGGGCAUUGCUCUGCGCCUCAUCCCUCGCAACCCCCGCGCCGCCCCCGCACCCUUCGUCAUCGCGACCACUCAUCUCCAGUACCACCCCAAGAGGACAGACCUACGUCUAGCUCAGAUACAACUGUUCCUCGCAGAAAUUGACCGCUUCGCGUACUAUAACGACGGCAAGCAAGCCGGAUACUACCCUAUAAUACUGACGGGCGAUCUGAAUUCACCACCGAACAGCGCUAUCGUACAAUUACUAGGAAAAGGACAUGUUUGUGCGGCUCCAUUCCGAGAUGAUUCUGAUUGGAGUAAAAUAGGUGUGACCGACAAUUGUCAACAUCUUUCCGUGUAUUUGAGUCGACAGAGAGGAAUUACUGCUGACACCAGUAUGUUAAAGAUUUUUAACUCCGAGCACGGUAAGGACUAUAUACCUCCAGCGGUGUCAGCCGACGGUAGCGGGGAGUACAGUGCGUUGUUCAACAGCGGUGAGCUGACGCAUCCUCUCAGCCUCAUCUCAGUGUACGGUCAGCACAAACCUGAUGGCGCGCCGGAGGCCACCACCUUCCAGAACUUCUGGCUUACUGUGGACUAUAUAUAUUUUAGUCGUUGCAGUACGUUGCGACUUUUGGAACGCCUCCGUUUGCCUACAGAUGCGGAAUGUAUGGAGUUGGGUCCACUUCCUAACCACGUGUACGGCUCUGAUCAUCUAGCUCUCGCGGCUAUUUUCGAAUUAAAACCACCUAUCGCAAAUUUAUAACCCAAAGUCCAACGAAACAUUCGACUGCAUUGAUACUAGUAUUGAUAUCUCUGUUUUUCUCUAAAACAAUGAAAGAGAUGGAUGUCAAUGACCGACGCUUUGGUAGAACCAUGCGCAAGGAAUUCCUUUUUCUUUGAAUAAAUUAAUUUCUUUCUUUCUUCAAUAAAAGUAUCAUUGCAUUCGAAAACUACAGCUGCAGCCGCGACAGCGAACCGAAACGGAAGCGGUGCCUGCAAUUUCGUUAGAAUACUACGCGAAAUCUAAUAACUUGGCAAAUUCUUUGCUUUUCGUUUUCUAGUUUUACUGCCGCUCACAGUCGUUUAAUAGUUACUAAAUCUACACUGAAGAACUGUGCGGCAGUUACUAUGUUUCGUUUUGCAGUUCGCUUUCGUGGCUUAUAAACCCGCUACGAACCUUCGGUUUUAACUGAACAGUUAAAAGUGUGUGUAGACAAAACUUAACUGUUAUUUGAAUUGUACAGUUAAAGUUAAAUCUCUUUUAGUUAAAACUGAAGUUGUGUAGAGGUUUACAUGUAAAGAUAAAUUUUAUUUUUAAUUAUUAGUAUGUCUAUUUUCGCUAAAUCUUCCUAAAUCAUUUUCUAUGAGAGAGUUUUAUAUAUUUUAACCUUUUUAAUUUAUCGGUUAUGUGAUGCAAUCACGGUUCUUAGCCACAUUUUUUAAUAGUACAUAAAAUUGUUGUGUACUGUAUUUUAAUAUUUUUAUAUUUUAAAAUCUGUAUUUGAUUAAGUAACACUUAUAUGAUAACAGAGUUGUUUCUUCAUUACUGUGAGUCACAUAGUGUUGUCUCUAUUUUGUCAAAGAGAAUGAAAGAGGCGACGAUAAUAGUCACUGCAGUGUAGUUUUGAACUAACAACUAUAUACUGCAUAGCUGUCUUUAUUUAGAAAAAUCUUUAAUUACAAGUAUUUUGAUGAUUGUCAUUAUUGAA